AUGGCCGACCCCUAUCCCUUCAAGAACAAGGUCAUUGCCGUCACCGGCGCCAGCCGCGGCACUGGUCUGUCAUUGACGAGAUAUCUCCUCGUUCGUGGCGCCACGGUCUCCAUGGCGGCCACAAGUGAGGCCAACCUCGCCAAGGCGUUGGAGGGCAUCAGGAGUGAUAUCCCCGAUGUUGAGCACCGCGUCAUGACCUAUUCGGUCGAUAUUGGCAAUGCUGAGCAAGUCAAGGCUUGGAUCGAGGCUACCGUAGCCAAGUUUGGCCCCUUGGAUGGUGCUGCAAAUGUUGCUGCUCAAAUGAUGCCACGAAUCUGGCCCAUUGAGAUUCUCCCCCACGAGGACGUGUCACAGUGUCUUCACGUCAACGUGGUUGGUACUUUCAACUGCCUACAAAACGAGCUCAAGCACAUGAAACGGGGCGGGAGCAUUGUCAAUUGUGGCAGCAUUCUGAGCGGCUACUCCUCGGCCGGGGUGUCGGCCUAUUGCGCUGCAAAGCACGCCGUCGUGGGGUUGACCAAGGCUGCCGCCUACGAAGGUGCCGCCAAGAACAUCCGAGUCAAUGUCCUGAGUCCUGGCUGUAUCGAUACCGAUUUAAUCAGACAGCCUCUAAUCAUGCCGAAUGGCGAGGGCUGGACGGUCACGGAAGACGAUAACCUCACCUCCAUCAUCAAGCGCUGGGCCAAGCCGGAAGAGAUUGCCGCGUCCAUUGCCUUUCUGCUUGGCGACGAGUGCAGAAUGAUUACCCGUCAAGAGUGGAGAGUCGACGGGGGAUGGCUAGAGAGUGACUAUGUCGGCGGCCACAAAGACUACAAGCAUGAAUAG